AUGGCAUUCAAUAUUGUUUGCAUGCCUCCUCAACGUUUUUUGAUGCAUAACCUACCCAAAAAUUUCCCACAGAGGGCUCUUAAACCCAAUCAUACUUGUCAUUUCCGGUGUUCCGCUAUCACUCAAACUUUUCAGGAUCAAAGAAGAUCAGCCAAUUACCAGCCAACCAUUUGGACCGAUGACUUCGUUAAGUCCUUGAAGAGUGAAGAUAUGGAUGAAUUACAUAAGGAAAGAUCAAAGGAGCUGGAGGAUGAGGUGAGGAUUAUGAUUGGUAAUAAGGGUGCAAGACCAUUGACAUUGCUCCAACUUAUAGACGACGUAGAACGAUUAGGCCUGGGCUACCGAUUUAGUAAGGAUAUAACUGCAGCACUCGAUAGAAUAAUUGCAAUGGAAGGGAGUAAUGUUGGGGUGGAGAAGAGCAUUCAUGCUACUGCUCUCAAAUUCAGGCUCCUCAGACAGCAUGGUUAUGACGUCUCUCAAGAUAUUUUUCGGAGUUACAAAGAUCACCACGGUGAUUUUGUAGAAGAUUUACAAAAUGAUGUUAAGGGAUUGCUAAGUUUGUACGAAGCUUCAUUUCUCGCCUUUGAGGGAGAGAAUCUCUUGGAAGAGGUCAAAUCUUUCACAAUGAUUCAUCUUGAGGACAUCAAGGGAUACAUAGACAAAAGCCUUGUCGAAAAGAUAAAUCAUUCAUUGGAGCUUCCGUUGCACCGUAGGAUGUGCAGGUUAGAAGCUCGGUGGUACAUCGAUGUCUAUAGUAAGAAUAAAGAAGCAAAUCAAUCGUUGCUCGAACUUGCUGUUUUGGAUUUCAACAUGGUACAAUCUACUUUACAAAGUGAUCUUAAAACAGUGGCGAGGUGGUGGAAAGGCGUAAGCCUAGCAAGUAAGUUGAACUUUAUAAGAGACAGAUUGAUGGAAUGCUUCUUCUGGACAGUGGGAAUGAUUUAUGAACCGAGCUUUAGUGAUUGUCGAAUAGGAUUAACACAAGUUACUUCACUGAUAACUACAAUCGACGAUAUUUAUGAUGUUUAUGGAUCGUUAGAUGAACUUCAGCUAUUCACCUAUGUUGUUAAGAGAUGGGAUGCCAAUGCAGUGAAAAGUCUUCCACACUACAUGAAGUUAUGCUUCCUGGCUCUCUACAACACUGUCAAUGGAAUGGCUUAUGACACUCUGAAAGAAAAUGGCAUAAACGUUAUACCAAUCCUAUCUAAAGCAUGGGCAGACUUAUGCCAAGCAUUUUUGGUGGAAGCAGAAUGGAAUUACAGAAAACAAACGCCAACGCUUGAGGAUUAUCUUGAAAAUGCAUGGCGUUCAGUCUCUGGGAAUGUUAUUCUAGUUCAUGCCUACUUUUUAAUGAGUCAAAAUGUCACAACAGAGGCAUUAGAGUAUUUGGAGAGACACCAUGAUAUUUUAAAGUGGUCGUCCAUGAUUUUUCGACUGUGCAACGAUUUGGGUACCUCAACGGAUGAGUUACAGAGAGGUGAAACAGCAAAUUCAAUCCUGUGUUGUAUGCAUCAAAAUGGACUUUCAGAAAAACUUGCCCGCGAACACAUCAGCAAUUUAAUCAGUGAAGCAUGGAAGAAACUGAACAAAGGUCGAGUAGAUGAUUCUCCUUUCUCAAAACAUUAUCUUGAGACAGCAAUGAACCUUGCCCGGAUUUCCCAGUGCACGUACCAAUACGGAGAUGGGCAUGGAGCUCCUGAUAGUAGAUCAAAAAAUCGCGUCUUGGCAACGAUUAUCGAACCCAUUAGACUCAUCAAAUAA